UUCGCAUUUUGUUUUCUCCCGCGCGAUCUCUCUUCCCCCUUUCCCUCCCGCAGGUCGCAUCCGUCGCCGCCGCUCGCAGCUCGCCUCUCGGUUGUAUCCCACCGAACCAAGUGCAACCCGCGGGCCAUCCGUUCGUCCUCAGCGUGCUGACUGCGCAGCCUUCAUCCCGUGGUAUCGCCGGCACCAGCCUGUCGCCGCCAUCGCCUGCAUCCCUCUUCCGGAAAUACUCACCUCCUCCUCCUCCCCCUGUUCCAUUUCUCGAGAGCAAGCAACUACCCUAGCCCUAUUCUGCUUUUUAUCUUGCGUCCCAUUGUUUAGUUUCUGUUCUUCUCCGGCAGAUUUAUGUGAGCGAGGGUCAUUGAAGGCAGCAAGGAGGUUCUGUUCUCCUUCCCUAACGGCAUAAUCAGUGUUGUAUGGUCGAAUUGCAGCUGUUCUGUCAAUUAAAAAUUCGUAGAUUCUUCUCUCUUCUUUAGAUCAGGUGUAGUCGUACGUGCAGCUUUUGAUGAACAGGUAGACGCAGCCCCUUCAGAUUAUCUAUGAUCCACACACACACACAUAUUUGUUAGGAUCAUAGAAAGUGUAGUUCAUUUUUUUGUUAAUUAGGGAAUAAGCUUGACAAUUCAUCAAUGUUUGUAGCAGAGUAAGGCAAUAACUUUGUUUCUUAGACUCAGCAUAGAAGAUGCCUGAUUAUUAUGACAUGGACGAUAUCAUCAUGGAGGAUCAGCAUAUUCAAGUUAUUUUUCAAGUUGGAGCUAAUGGUGUUGGUUUGCUAGAUCCAGGUUCAGAAAAUAACAGUGUAGAGAAGGGCGCUAAAGUAGAACUUCCUUUUUGGCUUGCUCAUGAAUUGCAAUUGAGGCAAGCAGUAUCAAUCUAUCUUCCAGCCUGCUUCAGCCAAAAGACUAGGAAUGAAAUCAAGGCUGAUGCUGCAUGUGUUAACUUAAAGGUUCAUUGCCCUUACUUUUAUGAGUUGGGUUGCAAGAUUGUUCCACUGGUUAGUGAUAAGACGAUUGGAUCAUUUCUAUAUGAAACAUUCACUAGUAGGUACCUGGAGAUGCUGAGCAAGUCACACAGUGCUUCAGUUUUAACUGCUCCAAAAUUCCUGCCACGUCUCUCGAAAGAAGAGAUACAAUUGUUUGAGGCUUCCCGCUCUUCCAUGAUGGCCUUCAAGAAAUGGCGGGCGGGUGGCUCCAGAUUGGAGAAGGCACCCGUCCUAGGGAGGAAAAGGAAGACGACUAUUCCAACAUUUCCAUCCUCGCCAUGAUGAUAUGGAUCUCAUUAAAUGAUUUGUAGCCACCUCAAAUGUUGAAGAUUUGGAGGAAAUUGUAGAUCAAGGAUGUUAAAAGUUCGGAGCAGUAAGUACAAUUUGUUUAUGAUGCUUUUCAGUUUCAAGUAGAGUUUAACCAUUUAAAUUCGUCUGAAAUCCGGAGUUGUUUCAACAGUAACGAAGAAUUUAAGAUUGUAAAAAAUUAAAGUACAAGUGGAUGGAAUUUGUAGACAAUUAAUUUCUUAUAUAUCGGUAUGCCCUUCCAGCGAGCUUAGACUGACAGGAAGCAUUUUGUGGUUUAA